AUGCAGUUUGAUGAUUCGCACAACGUAUGUUCUAUCCACUUUCAACGUUUUUUCCAAAUUUCCUCUUCAUCUGGAAGCAUUUGGCUCCUAUUCCGAGCCAUGUCCUGUAACGUCUCAAGCCACUGAAUCACACUACCUCUGGGAUCUCCCAAACUAAGGAGUCUUGAUGGACCGACAGAUGACAGUCCUGGACACCUUUAAUCCAUACCAUUACACUAUGCCAUAAACUGGUCACCUCUUCGCUCCCUCCACUGCGUCGCGGCGUCGAAAAAUAGUGUCCGGCGUGGAGGUCACUAGAAUAACGUUCGUAAGAUAUUCCCAAGUCAUAAAGUCCGGUGUUCAAAGGUGAUUACACCAACUAAGUUGUCGUCACUAUACCCGACAGUUCACUCCCAAACCUAAGAAUUACUAACGCAGUGUUGUCUCUUGAUGUCGGGAAUUCUUCGGAUACAACGAUGAUCGAACAUAAAGAUCGCCGGGCAUCUCAACUCAGGUUUCAUAAAUAUGUUGUAGGACUGUUCUCACAGACUUGUAGACCUGAAUUAGUACAACCAGACUAGCGUAUCUACGGCGUCAAAGAUGGAAGUAACUUCGUGGUUAGGUCAAUCGACUUUCAACCACUAGGUUGCAGGUUCGAAUCCCGCCCCAUCUAUUUUAGUUUGAGCGGCCGGAUUGUAUCAUUAUCCCUCGCAUGUAAAAGGUGUCUCAAGGUAGAGGACCGGCUUAAAUCGUGAUUUUUUGACUCUACGAAAAGAUUACACUCAUCCCAUAAAUAAAUCCCAAACUGUUUUUUAAAUGAUACACCUCCAUCGAAGACUUCACGGUUAACUUUACUGUAUAAUUAUGAAUUACGUGAUCUGAUCAAAUUUUCUUUAUUGUGUAUAUGUACUGUUAUUUUAACAAAAUAUGACAGUUCCAUGGCUUAUCAUGAAAUAAGAACACAAUCGGUGAUAAAAAUUUAUAUUUUUUUCAAUUUACUCGAGGUCGCAGAUCGUUUAUUAUCUGCUGUUUGUCAAGAUGCAUUGGAUGAUUUACUAUUUACGAUCAGUAAACCACGAUCUGAUUCAGUUUUAUCUCAUGAUCUAGAGGAAAAUAGUUUCAUUUUCUGGCGUGAUAUUGUUUUACAGUACUGCUUUGCCUUCUUUUGUCUCAUAGCCCACUGCUUCCUUCUACUAUGUCAAGUUACUACUUUAAAUGUAGCAUUCAAUUCACAAAAUAAAUCACUGAUCACUGUGUUUAUUUCGAACAAUUUUGUUGAAUUAAAAGGUAAUGUAUUUCGUAAAAUGGGAAAAACAAAUUUAUUUCAAAUUGCUUGUGCUGAUGUGCGUGAACGAUUUCACUAUUGUGUUUGGUUUUCAAUUAUUGUAUGCCGUAAUAUGAAUGAAAGUGGAUGGAAUUUAGAUGAUCUUCAAACAAUUCUUAUUGAUGUAACCUAUAUUCUUCUAGCAGAAGUUGCUGUGGAUUGGAUAAAGCAUUCGUUCAUUACCAAAUUUAAUGUGAUCCCUUCAAAUGUCUAUGAGGAGUAUACUGUGAGCAUUGCAUACGACCUAUUAUUAUGCCAUCAGGGGAAGAAUACAUCAGAUUACUCUGACCUUCUCUCACGUCGUAUGGGUCUUACACCGAUCCCCCUUAGUUGUUUAAUUAAUGCUAUGCUUUUUCAAACAAUAAGAAAUCCCAGCACUCUUUGCCUUACUUUACCGUUUGUUGUGUCUGUACUAUUUGCAGUUAAAGUUGCAACUAACCUUACCCUUAUGUCCAUGGCUUAUUCUCAUGUACGUGAGUACAUAAAUGCAGCAAGUACUGUUCGACAGGAUGAAAAUUGUUCUUUCGACAAUGAUAAAACUGGUGGUGUUUUCACAACUACAGUAAAAGGGAAUAUGAAACAGUCUCAACAUAUUCUUUCAGAAAAGGAAAUUCGGAUAUCAUCAAGAAAGCCUCCUUUUGGUUUCACAGGUUAUGACCAACCGACUAAAGAUGAAGAUUGCUUUUUGCCGACGGGUCUUAGGUAUCGGAAAUUCAAAAGCGACUCAGGUCCCGUAGAUAUAACAGUUAAUAUGGACAUAAAUCACUCACUAACUCCUGAAGAUACAUCAGAACUCGCUGGAAAUAAGCUUAGAGUGUUAAGUCCGAUUUCCACGGGUAGCAUUUGGAAUGAAUUGAUUGAACCAUAUCAAUCAAUUAUGGCCUCUGCAACCGGAACACCGAAGAGUCUAUAUGAACUUAGUGAAUCAGCCCCAUUAACACCUCUUAGUCGAAUAGGGUCAGCAAAUCGGAUAUUCAAUCCUGGGAAUAAUAAGUCAGAAAUCGAGUGCGAACGUGGUUUCCAUGGUUCAUGCGUGUUCCAGACUGAAGAUAAACCUCAGUUUACUGCUUACACAAAUACUCCAAUUGCUACAUUACAUAAUGAGGGACUACAUGUACGCAACAGGUAUGAGAUGACUAGUAUCUUAGAAUUAUAUAGCAAUAAAGACGAAUCAUUUACAACAAUGGUACGGCCUCCUAGUGCUUGUGUUUUAUUAAGACCAAGGUAUUACAGUAUCGAUCUAGGUAUUCUGAGUACUUUUUUAAAUUCUAUGGAACGCAAUGUACGUGCUACAGAUGAAACACCUAUUAAAGAUGGAAGUGCUCAGGAAAAUGAAUCAAAGCCUACCUAUACUUUCAAUCCUAUACACAAACGCCGGAUACGUACAAUGACUGAAAGUUCAGGCACUGCCCCUUCACAUCCUCCAAGGGACCCUACAAUACCAAUUCUAUGGGAACGAAGCAGUAGAAAUAGUACGGCCAACCAGUUCGGUUUGGAUCGACUGAAACCAAUAACACCUGGACGAGUAAAGCAGCCAUUGUCUGAUAUUGAUCGUUAUUCAAUGGUAGAAGGACAAAUUAGUUGA